AUGCCGGUUGAUGGUGCUGGAUCAUCUCAAGUCCCUGUUAGAUCACCGGAUUUUCUGAUCUCCAACAAGUUCAUUAGCAGCGAUUUCCCUACUGACGAGGUUAUGGAUAAUGAUCAAGCAUCCGAAGAUUCUGGCUACCCUAACAUGUCAGGUGCUGGUUCUGGAUCAUCUCAGGGCCCUUCUGUGUUUGCUGAAUCAUCUCGCGGGCCGUUAGAUGGGCCAGCGCAUCCAUACUUCGUUUUUGAUACGCCUCAGGGAACCGGCUACUGGAUUCCUACCGUCGCUGAUAAGUUCAUACCAGUGUGUGGGAAAUCUUAUCCGACAUUUGAGGCUGUUCUCUCCAUGUAUGAACUUUAUGCGUUUGAAGCUGGUUUUUCAGUUAAAAGGGCCAAACUAAAGUCUGGAGUGGAAUUCCCACACACAAUACUGAGUUUCAAUGAUAUUCAUAAUCAUGAACUUGUUGAGAAUUACAACCGUGACCUUAGCAAGAUGUCACGGAAGCUGUCAUUCACCACCAAACAAUUCAUUCACAAUAUGAGUCUAAACCGUAUCGGACCCGUGAGAGCUUAUAGAUGUCUUGUAGCUUUAAAAGGGGGGCAUCACAAUGUCAACGGGACUCCGGUGGAUUUUAAAAAUUUUAGCCACCAGUUGCGAAUUUUUAUUGGUGAACGCGACGCACAAGUUUUCCUUGAACGCUUGCAUGAGCGCUUUGACAACCUACCCGACUUCUAUUUUGAUUACACGGUUUCAAAUGGAAAGCUGUCUUCUGUAUUCUGGGCUGAUGAAAUUUCAAAGCUAAACUACAAAGCUUUUGGCGAUGUCCUCGCCUUCGACGCGACUUACAGCACUAACAAGUACAAGAUGGUUUUUGUGCCAUUCACGGGUGUGGAUCAUCAUAUCCAAUGUGUUACAUUUGGUGCGGGUUUAAUAUCAACCGAGUCCAUUGAAUCUUAUGUGUGGUUGCUUAAGGCUUUCUUGAAGGCACACGGUACUCAACCAACUCUCGUGUUGAGUGAUCAAGACCCAUCUAUGCUUCAAGUUGUUCCUCUGGUCUUUACCGAAUCACGCCACCGGCUAUGCAUGUGGCAUAUAAUGAAAAAACUACCCUCCAAGAUCUCUGCGGACCUUCUUGAUAACACUAAUGUUCGGGCCUGCCUUCACCGGUUGGUUUGGAAUGUUUAUAUCAAACCAAAAACGUUUGAGUCCCGCUGGCAUGACCUCCUAGAAACAUUUGGCCUACAAGACCACACUUGGUUGAACGACAUGUACAACAUCAAACAUCUUUGGGUACCAGCCUACUUCAGGGAACUGCCAAUGUGUUGCUUGAUGAAGACCACUUCACGCUGCGAAAGCUCGAACGCUGCCUUCAAGGUCAACUCAACAAGUGCAAACACCCUUGUACAAUUUAUGAUGUGCUUUGAAAAUAGGGUAGACAGCCAACGCUAUCGGCAACGCGUAUCGGAGUACAAAACCUCAUCCACGUUUUUCAAGGGCACUACUGAUUUAGCGAUAGAACAGCACGCGUUCGCCAUAUACACAAACGUUGUUUUCAUGCAAGUUCAAAAGGAGAUAAUAAAAGGGAAGUUUUUAUGCUACAUCACAAACCAAACCGAGUCCAGCAAUACCACUCUUUUGCUAGAAGUCACUCAUUUGGACAAAAGGAACAACAUCACAAACGUCUACCAGGUUACAUAUAACACUGUUGACCACUCCGCCAGUUGCUCAUGCAGGAAUUUCACACGUAUCGGAUAUCUGUGUCGCCAUGUCUUUUGCGUAUAUCGAUUGAAAAAUGUUGCAAAGAUACCACCCCAAUACAUAAACGAUAGUUGGCGCCGAGAUGCCCUCCCAAAAGAGGUUUUUUCACUUUCCAGCCGAUACGGCGUCAACGCACACGCACCGUCCGUUAUGUGGAAUGAAAUCCUCGACCUCGUUACUGAAUGCGUUGAUGUGGCCAGAACCGAUGAGGAUUCAUUGUCAAAAUUGGUUGCCCAACUCCGGGAUUUCAAGAUCAAUGUGCUUUCCAAGCAUUGGGGAUGUGGUACACAUACUCGCAUUUCCGGACCUGGUGAGAAGGCAAAGACAAAACCACCAAAACGUCCAAAGCAGCUUCGUCUAUGCAAGCGUUGUGGCCUGUAUGUCGACGACCACGACUCACGCAACUGCGUUAAGGUGGCCGCAAUGAAAGCAGCAAAGACAGCUGCUGAACAACAAAGGCAGACCGCCACCGGUGCCUCCACCUCUGAUUAA